AUGGACUUCGACGGCUUCGCCCUCGACUUCAUCCGCGAGCACCUCCUUGACGGUGGUUGUGGCGGCGUCCCGGGGGAUAGCACCGGAGUUCCAGACGACGUCACCUUCCCCAUGCUGCAAACUCAACCCGAGUUCCAGUCCAUGUCGACGUUAUUCUUGCCGCCGCUGCGGCAGCAAGGGUAUGCACACCUGACGCACGAGCACGAGGGCGCUGCCCUGGCUGCCGAUGCGGCGGCGUCCCGGGCGCAGCAUCAUGAGGUUCCGGCUACGGUGAUGAUUAAGUUUGGGAGCGAGCCGUCGUCCCCCGUGAGGCCGGCGCUGACCAUCACCGUGCCGCCGAGCCCGUACGCGUGGGCGAAGUCCGUCGUCACCGCGCCCGUGCCGGCGGCGGCCGCGGCCGUUGACAACGACUUCCGCAAGUACCGCGGCGUGCGGCAGCGCCCCUGGGGCAAGUACGCGGCGGAGAUCCGCGACCCGAAGCGCCGGGGAUCGCGCGUGUGGCUCGGCACGUACGACACGCCCAUCGAGGCCGCGCGCGCCUACGACCGCGCCGCGUUCCGCAUGCGCGGCGCCAAGGCCAUCCUCAACUUUCCUAACGAGGUGGGCACCCGCGAAGCCGACCUGUGGGCGCCGCCGCAGCCUCCGUCGGCUGCGACGCAGGCCGCCCCGGCGAACAAACGGAAGCGUCUGCAGGAGGAACGCGACGUCGAGGUGCUCGCGGUGAUCAACAAGGUGGUGAAGAUCGAGAUGCCGUCGUCGUCGUCCACACGGUCCACCUCGCCGUCAUCCAUGUCGACACGCGAGACCACAGCGAGCGCGUCCUCGACGGUGACGUCGACAACGACGGAGGCGGCGGGCGCAGGCGCUGAUUGGCUCCCCGUGACGCCGUCCAGCGGGAGCUGGGAUCAGUACUGGGAGGCGUUGCUCGGCGGGCUGCCGCCGCUGUCGCCGCACCCGGCGAUGGGGUUUCCGCAGCUCACUGUUAACUGAGAUGCUAAGAAAUCGGAUAGGCAAGGGUCGGACACUCGGACCUACAAUUCUUUUGGAUUGCCAAGGAAAUCGGUUACUUUCCUUCAAAUCCAAGAGGGUCAUUGGGCCUAAUCCUCCAGCGCCUAAACAAGCCAACCUGCGCGAUAAAAUAAUUGACAGGGAACAGACAUGACGUGGAAAACAGUAUUUGAUUUUGUGAAAAAGCUGAUAUACAGAGGUACCUGUGUAGAUUGUUCGAUGCUUGUGUAAAAAAUAAGCAUCAGGAUGUGGCGUUCGAUAUGACCUACCAGCGUCCAACUUGCAAGUCCAAUUUGUUUAUGAGCUCAUGUAAGAAACUUAUUUAUUGUUUUGUAUUCUGUUGUC